CACCCAGAACACUUUUUUAAAAAUAUCUUUAAAACAAAAUAUAGAAAUCCACUAAUGUAGAUCAUUCGGGAAUGUGCUGUUAUGAAGAGCAAGAGAUACCAUCCCCUGCAAAUAAUAGCUAAACGAUUGUACAAGGUAAGUGAUUAGUGCGCGAUAUAUACUAACGAGGCUGUUACAUUUCCUCUAUACUCAUAAUGAGUAGAUAACGCACUCAGCAUCGCACUUUCAACAGGGCUUGGAUCUCAAAAUCAGGUGUGCAAUACUCCGACAAUUGGUUUGGUCAUGUGGUGGCGAACAACCAUUUAUUUCGUUAUGUUAGGUUGUGUAUGUGGAGAUGAAACAGUUUCUGCUUCGUUGGAGGAAAACACCACAUCAUCCGUUCCAAAGUCUUCUAUGGAAAACGUGGCAUCAACGGUGAAUCUGAUAGCAACACCCACUACCGAAUUUCCCUCCACACAAAAUUUCACACUCUCGCCAUCAACUGAUGUCUUUUUAACACCUUCCUUAACUUCUUCGGAGGAAAGUGUGAUCGGAAUAAAUGGGUCCGUAUUUACAAAAUCAGUAGACGUAUCAAGUCAUGAAAGUUUUUCAAAUUCCCUGGACACUUUAAUGGGUUACGAUGCCAGAUCUACAAACACAUCGCAGCCUGAGGUUUCUGCAUCACCCAAACCGUCACAAUUCGUCAGUGUUGAGCCUUCACUGCUUUAUUCAACCUUUUCUAUUCCAAUGGAAAGCACGACUGAAAAUUUCACAUCUAGUGAAUCUACUCUUUCACCAAGUUCUCUUACAACACACCCAUACAUUUCUAGCAAUGCCUCCAGUUUCUCAGUUAGCAGUUCGAUUUAUCUGUCAUCUAGUGUAACAGAAAAUGUAUCUACCACUACACGGUCCUUGUCAUCAGCUGAUAACUUUACGACGAUCAUCAGACCUGCGUUAUCCUCGGCAUUUACCCUCACAGAAACCGUUCCAUCUCCAUCAUCCAGUGAGGUAGUGCCAUCACUACAAUCUGUGACUACUAGUGUAAUAUCAACCUCUUAUUCUGACAUCGAAUCGAUGACUAUUUUGCCAGUCUCGUCGCAAAAUGACUUAAUUUCCGGAGACAUGGAGACGUUAAGAGACCUAUCAUCUGUUGAAUUUUCUUCAGUAUUUCCAUCAAUAAGUUCUAGUGUUUAUUUAACGUCAUUUCAAAAUUUACAAAAUGAAACUGACUCGAUGGUAAGCUCUUCGCUAACAACUGGCAAUACGAGUUCUUUUCUUCAGGUUGCAACAAAGAUUUCACCACAAACUACGGGUUCCGAUUUGGAAAGUUUUGCAACACAAAUCACCGACACUACUUUCUUAAUUUCCUCAACUUCGCCUGAACGCGCAGACUCGGCAUUUUCGUUUAUUUCUACAGACAUUUAUGCUGGCAAAUCUCAAGCUGCGUCUAGUGUUUUCACUCAAGCUGCUUCUAGUAUCUUAACAUAUCCAAAGGAAUUAAGUACCAAAACAUCCACUGAACCGAAUUCUUUUGGAGAAAUUACUCUCGAGACUCGACCUCCACCAAGCUAUCUAGCUUCUAUUUAUCCAACAUCGAUUCCGCUUUCUUCAUCAAUUCUUAGUCGUGAAUCGGCAUUCCACGGUUUUACACAUUCCAUUUCUACCACUGAAGAUACAUUUGUUCCACAAUCAACAUCCCUCUAUAGCAAAAUAGUGACAUCAAGUUCUGCGUAUAUCACAACCACUGAAUCUAUACCAACAACUCAAAGAACAGAUGGAACAUCUGUAGACUUGGUCACCGCUGAACCUAUAUCGACAACUCAAAGAACAGAUGGAACGUCCGUAUACUUGGUUUUUGUAAACCACACAUUUGAGAUGAUAUUCAAAGGAAACUGUGAGCCACUUGUACAAGACAAGAUUUUGUUAAAAACUUUCUGGGAUCAGUUACAAGAAAAGAUUAUCCACAGACUGAAUUAUCCGAAAAUUUCAGUCAGCGCUUCAAACAUCGCUUGUAAUCCUUUAAGAAUUUCAUUCACACUUUACCAGAUACCUGAGAAAAAUUGCACAUUGGUCUUUAGCUCUUUAAAAGAAUUAGUUAGUUUUGUUGAUAUAAAUGUCACCAUAUUUGGACGAAUAGAACAUUACAAAGCUAUUCAAGUAAAUAUGAGGCCAUCUGUGAAGGACAAGGGUAAAGAUAAACUUGCAGGAUUGGAAGAAAUAGACCUCAUUGUUCUUAUUGCCGCCGGUGCCUUUUGCUUUGUUUUAAUAUCUGCAGGUCUUGUCAUAUGUAUACGAGAAUCUUACAGACGCAAAAGAACGCGAACAUUUGAACUGGCGAACAAAUAUCAAGCAGAGGAUUUUACCCUCACCAAAAUUCCGCGACCUGCAGUUAAUUAUACGGAAAAAGGUGAGGACAUCCACUCUAACGGUCAUAAUAAUGGUGACCCAACUGAUGUAGAAAGAGAAACACUUAUGGACAGUUUACAUCUCCGUGUCAAUUCUAAUGAAAAUGGACUGAUGGUAGGGAUAACUGGGACACUGGAAAGACAGAAGGCCGAGCCCGACUCUUCUCCGACACCGUCAGUCACGGACAGUGAGCACCUGAAAGUUCCACUAGUUUCCAGGAAAGAGGAAACCCUUCAGAGUCAGGAUAACCCUAUCUACUACAUUGAUGAUGAACAUAAUGAAUAAAGAGACACAUAUCUUGCUUAUUAUACUGAUUAUGAAUAUGAUGAAUAGCAAUCCAUCUCUAUGUCAAAGAGGAACAGAAAGUUCUCAUAAAACUGUGGAAAUCGACUUGAUAAUAAGCCUAUUCUAAACCAUUUCAGGAUAUUUACUUAGAAAAUGAAAGUUUUUGAAUGAAGAAGAUGUAAUUUGCAUUAGACAGAUAUACAUAAAACUGUUACCCCCUAUUCUAGCUGAGAUAAAUUGAAUUGUCAGUUUUGGCAUUUUAAUUCAAUAAAUUCAUCAUUUGAAACGAAAAAAUUAAAAUAAUCAUUAUUUAUUUAUUAUUAGAUAUAAGGCCUUGAAAAUUUGGACUUUCCAUAGACUUGAAUAAAAGAUAUUAGUCCCAGAAAACUUGUGAUCUAGAAUUAAACUUUUCCUCCUAUUUUUUCAGAAUAUUGUCAAAACUACCUAGAAAAUAUGAAUAGAAAGAAGGGGGAGUGGCUUAAAAAAAUUAUGCUUACUUUGAUGGAUAAAACAAGAGAUGUUUGGUAAAAAUGGCUGACAGCUGAGCAGAAAUGUCCUUAAUUUAACCUUCAUUUGCAAUGCAUCAUAUAACAUUCCUGUAAAUCAUGAUUAUGUAGCUCCAAGAAGAAAUACUCAUCCAAAAUUAAAAUGGUGUCUAAUUUACAUAGAAAUGAAGAGCAUGAAUGUACGCGUUUUAUGGGAAUAUUAUACAAUAUUGCAAUAUUUUUUUCAUAACCCAUAUCUCCUUUAAGUGUUUAUUGAAUAUUGAUAAACCCGUUAUCUAUAAAUAUGUAUAUAUUAAUAUUUCAAUGCAAUUCUAAUAUGUGCAGGCACAUUUGUUACUUAACAUAAAACACAUAUUUUGAAAUGUUCUCUUUCAUAAAAUAAACCAC